AAACAAACUGGAUUAGAAGUCGACAUCAAAGCAAAUAAACACGUGAUCACUGGUUGAUUAAAAACAUGUUUGGAAGAGUUUUUUCAUAAAGAUGAAAACGGUUUAAUGUGUAAUUUGUUUUAUGACUGUUUGACUGCCCUGACCCAGGUUCCUGUCGACUCGGGUCCAAGCGACUGCGCCGACCCGGUUUGCGUUCCCAUGCCGAUGUACGCGUUCUGCAAACAGAUCAGCGGCGCUGAGUUUGAGCAGCAGAAAGCGGAGUCGUCCCAGAAGGCCAUGGAGGAGCUGCUGGAGAUCCUGCUGACGGACCAGAACCUCACCGAGAAGGACCGGCGCAAGAAGCUAAAGCAGUUUCAGAAGCAGUAUCCUGACAUCUACAGCCGCCGCUUCCCUUCCUGCGGUGAACGGAGCAAAACCGACAACAAGCCAAAGAUCAAACCGCCGCUGCUCAGCAUCAAGAAGACCUUCAGCAUCAGGAACUGACGCUCCGCCAUGACGCUCGCAUCACGGUCAAAACUGUUACAUUACUGGUGGAAACUCCACUGAUGUCCGUUUGUUUAGUUCAUUCUGUAGAUGCAGAGCGUCUCUCAUACAGGCAGCUGAGUAGAUUUAGAGUUCACUCUUUGUUUUCUUUUCAAAUACUCUGCAAACAGCAAAUUUAGGAGAAAUGUCAAACAUUAGAGCGUAAAUUUUAACUUGUAUAAAUAAUUACAUUGAGAGGAGC